UAUCUACUUAUCCAUUUCAUCUGAAAACCUGAGAGAGCAACAUGAGCGCGCCAGUCCCACGUCUUAGAGGACAUCUCCUAAGAUCUGCCGCGUCACUGGCUGGAGCAUCAUCCCGGAUUGGGGAACCAUCAGUCUCCAAGAAUUGUUCCUGUGGUCGCUUCGUUGGAAGUUCAACCAUUCCUGCUCGCUCAAUCGGUCGAUCUCUUUUAGUUUCUGCGUUUGAUGCAGGCAGGAACUGCCACGCAAGGGCCUACUCAACAGAUUCAAUCGGGAAGGCUGGUCCCGAUGCUUCAAGCUCACUUGCCGGCUCCAGUACUUCUUCGUCAAAUUUCCAAGACGCCAGAUAUCAACACUUCCAAGCCAGUCUUGCGAAUAUCGACGCUAACAAUCAGUCCCGCGCACGGGUCUUCAAAGGAGUUCAUUCGCGUCGGGACAGAGCCAAAGGCACCACUCCCCAAGAGGCUAAAGCCUUGAAUCAAGUCAUCGCUGGGUUAUACCGAGAGCUCGAAAGGCUUGGAGGACCCCUCAGACCAGGCUCGAACCCCGUCACCGAUCCCUUCAGUCACAAUCUCGCCGACUCUCCUCGAAGUGGUGAUUCCCUUCGAUCGAUGAUUGGCGUUCCGCGUUUCGCGAAGCGCACAGAUGACGGGCUUGGAGGAGCCGAGCUCGCCAAAUUAAGAUCUGAGAUCGACAUGCUCAAGGAAGAUAUGAGCACGUUGUCUUCAGAGCAAGACUUGGUCGAAUGGGCCGAACGUCACGUUUUCACACCUUCAGAAGUCUCCGAUGGUGAAGAACUUGGAUACCCGAGACGUUAUCCGCAUAUGCUCGCGUACUUGAUGCGAAUCACAAGGGAAAUUUACAGGAACCCCUCACUCGCCCUUGCCUUCUUUCAACACGCUCAGACCCUCUCACUUGAAUCGUACAUGUCUGGAUGUCUUACCUCGGCAUAUAACGAGCUCAUCAGAACUCGAUGGCAAUGUUUCAGGGACCUUGAAGGUGUAGAUCAAGCUCUCAAGGAGAUGGAAACGAGUGGUGUCUCGUGGAACUUUCAUACUCGACAGUUGGUCGAGAGCGUUUGCAAUUCUGUCAGCUCAACGCCAUUCAGCACAGAGAGGGGAGAAGAAGAAUCGAUAUGGAAAGAAUUCGUGAUGAAAAGAUGGAGAACGCUGGAAGCGAGACUCGAUGCUGAUUCCAAUGCAAGUGAAGGAAUGUGGGACAGAAUGGCAGAAGCCAAACGCAUGGAGAGAGGUCUCAACCUGGACAGCGAACGAGCUCGAGAACGCUACGGAUCAAGCGACAAUCGGCAGAAAGGUGGCAUCAUUCCUCAAUCACAACGACGGCCAGAGAGGCGAUCUUCUGAAAGUCUCUCCCACAACUCGGUCUACCAGGAUGAAUGGCAGGCUGGCCAUGAUGAGGAUGCCCCUCAUCGCGCUUAUGGUUAGAUCAUUGGUGCUUCAUGUAGAUUGGCGCCUUCCUUCACAUCGCCUUGUCUCGUUAACGUCACGUCAUGUCAUAU